ACCGUGUGGAUCGUACCAAUAGCAACGCGGAGAGCGAUUGCAUGCGCAAAAGAAGGACGGUUGAAGUCGCGCGACCGACUCGUCUCUCUCGCAUAUCGCAAUAGUCGCGACCGUCGCGACAGCCGCGAUAUUCCCCGAUACUCUCCGAUCUCUCCGAUAGCCGAUAUUUUGACGCAUUUCGACCAUUUCGACCAUUUCGACGUGGCAACGAGGCCAGCGAGCCGUGGCCGAUGAGGUCCGACCUCGACGGUUCGUCUCCGGCCGGCUGUCAAUGAACGGCGAUCGGCAUGAGCCUUGACAAGGCUUGUGACGAUUUUCCUGUUGGGAACGCCUUCAAACACCUUCGCCGACGUGGCCGUCGUUGUCAACGAAUUGCGAUAAUCCACUCUGGUUUCUCUACGACUUAUCAUGCCAGAGGGCAAUGCAGGGAAAAAGGGUGUAAAUAAAUAAGUUGUACAAUUGUUACAAACAGGAUGGCCUCCUCGGUCGUUGGAGGCGGCCAAGAAAAUGUCUCCAGGUUCCUUGAGUCAUUGCAAGCCGAUCUUAAAACUCUCGCCUCGGAUUCAAAGAAGAAAUACCCUCAGAUUAAAGAGUCUUGCGAAGAGGCAAUCGCAAAGCUGAGAACUGCUUCGGGGAAUCCUGGAACUCCGAUUUACUACAUUGUAAAUCAAAUACUUUAUCCCUUGGUUCAGGGCUGUGAAAGCAAGGAUGUGAAAAUAAUAAAAUCUUGUCUCAAUAUAAUGCAGAAAUUGAUAACGCAACAAGCCGUGGAUCAAAAAGGUGCUCGAUAUAUUACGGACACUUUAUGGACGUUGAUGGAAGCUGGAAUAGAAGAAGUAAAAAUUUUACAAAGCGUAACUUUAUUGCUUACGAGCAACGCAGUCGUUCACGGCGAUACUCUUGCAAGGAAUUUGGUUCUUUGCUUCCGCCUUCAUUUUACAAAAGACUCGACUACGAUUAAUACGGCGGGUGCUACGGUUAGACAGUUAGUAUCUUUGGUGUUUGAACGAGUAGUUGUAGAAGACGAGGAACACCCAGACCGCAUAGGUUCUGAAGAAGUUAACUUGGAAGAAUUGAAAACUCCUACAAAUCAAGCACCAAAGCAUCUACGACCCUGUGCAGCUGAUGCAUAUUUGAUGUUUCAGGAUUUGGUACAAUUAGUGAACGCGGAUCAGCCGUAUUGGUUGAUAGGAAUUACAGAGAUGACUCGAACUUUUGGUCUCGAACUUCUGGAAUCCGUCUUGACAAACUUCCCCUCGGUUUUUGAGCAUCCAGAGUUCAGCUUCUUGCUGAAAGAACGUGUGUGUGCUCUAGUGAUUAAGUUAUUCUCUCCAAAUAUUAAAUAUCGCAAUUCUGUGCCUGCAUCGUUACAACAGGCAACGCCUUUAGACAAGCCUUACUUUCCUAUUAGUAUGAGACUCCUGAGAGUGGUCUCCGUUUUGGUGCAAAAAUACCAUUCUCUUUUGGUAACGGAGUGUGAAAUAUUCUUGUCCCUUAUCGUCAAGUUCCUCGAUCCUGACAAGCCAACCUGGCAGCGGGCUUUGGCAUUAGAAGUCCUUCAUAAAAUGACCGUACAGGCUGAUUUGCUUACAAGUUUCUGCGAGUGUUACGAUUUGAAGCCACACGCCACGAAUAUAUUUCAAGACAUUGUGAACAGCCUUGGUGCCUACGUCCAUAGUUUAUUCGUUAAUCCGCAGAUAAUGGGGCAGAGUGCAACAGGUGCUGGAGUUCCAAUCACCCAAGGAUCCGCGCCCACGCUGUUAGCAGGAAUGCCUAUUGGCCCUGGAGUCUCACCGCAGCCAGGUUUCUACUCGCGAGGAGUUUGGCUACCCGUAGUUGCUACUUUUCCUAGUGGUCAAGCUAAAUCGACGUAUCUGGAAAUGCUGGAUAAAAUUGAGCCACCGCAAAUCCCCGAUGGCUAUGGAAUUAGCAUCGCAUACGCUUGUUUAUUGGACAUUAUCCGAUCAAUCGCUUCCGCGACCGACGGUCCUAGGGAAAAGGAUUUGGAAGGUGGUAAAAGGCCCACCGAAGCCGAGCGAAAACUUCACGUGCAACUAAUUAAUUCAAGUUGGUGCGGCUUAUUGGCCGCCUUGAGUCCUCUGGUAGAUGCCAGCACCGACGAGUCCGCGACAGAGAACGUGCUGAAAGAGAUCCAGACUUUUGCUUCGCUCUGUGGGUCACUCGACUUGCACACACCCCGAGAUGCAUUCAUUACCGCAAUUUGCAAAGCUUCGCUGCCCCCUCAUUACGCAUUGACGGUAUUGUACAGUGCUCCACAAGGUAUACCGAGUGCCCGACCUCAAGAAUCCACUCAGUAUAAUCCGGCUGCUAUAGGAGAGCCAGACUACAGGCAACAGGUAGUUGCCGUUGGUACGCCGCUACCCACGGCAUCAUUGCCCAUUGGUGCCCAACAGGGACCAGUCAUGCUGACGGCAAAGAAUCUUCAGUGCAUGCGAGCGCUAUUGGUCCUGGCGCACUGUCAUGGAAGUAUUUUAGGUAGCGCUUGGCAUCUGGUGCUAACCACCUUGCAACAUCUAGUUUGGAUUCUUGGUUUGAAGCCUUCCACUGGUGGCUCCCUAAAAGCUGGAAGAACUACGGCCGACUCGAAUGCGGUCCUAACCACUGCAGUCAUGGCGGACCUGCCCGUGCUCAGUGCGAUGCUCAGCAGACUCUUCGAGAGUAGCCGACAUCUCGACGACGUCGCGUUGCAUCAUCUCAUCGAUGCCCUUUGCAAACUGAGCCACGAGGCUAUGGAGCUUGCGUAUUCCAACAGAGAGCCUUCGUUAUUCGCUGUGGCGAAACUCUUGGAAACCGGAUUAGUUAAUCUGGAGAGAGUCGAGGUACUAUGGAGACCGUUGACCAAUCACUUAUUGGAGGUUUGUCAGCAUCCUCACAUCAGGAUGCGGGAAUGGGGAGUCGAAGCGAUUACGUACCUUGUCAAAGCUGCGCUACAACAUAAAUAUCCCCAACCUCUCCGUGACAAUCAGAAAUUACAAACUUUGUUGCUUGGACCGUUAUCGGAGCUGUCAUCCGUUCGCCACGGUGACGUGAGGAAAAGUCAAUUGGAAUGCGUCCUUCAGGUACUAAACGGAGCCGGAGACACCUUGUCUCAUGGAUGGCCUUUGGUUCUCGGUAUCAUUGGUGCAGUUUCGGAUCACCACGGAGAGGCCCUGGUCCGCAUAGCUUUUCAGUGCCUCCAGCUGGUGGUAACUGACUUUCUACCGGCAAUGCCUUGGCGAUGUCUUCCACUGUGCGUGGAUACCGUAGCGAAAUUUGGAUCCCAAACUCAAGAAUUGAAUAUCUCGUUGACUGCGGUACAGUUGAUGUGGAACAUCAGUGACUAUUUUCACAAUAAUCAAGAGAAAUUGUCCGUUUCCCUGCGAGGGGACUAUGCGUCGGUAUUGCCCGAUUUUCCUGGCACCACUGUCAUGCCACCCUUCGAUAAGUUGUGGAUGUGUCUAUAUGCCAGAUUGGGCGACCUUUGCGUCGACUCUCGACCGGCGGUUCGCAAGUCGGCGAGUCAAACUCUCUUUUCGACUAUCACGGCUCACGGAGGCCUUCUCCAUCAACCGACUUGGCAGGCCGUACUCUGGCAGGUGCUCUUCCCAUUGCUAGACAAGGUCAGGAGCCUCUCCAACUCCGCGAGCAACGAGAAGGUCGACACCAGCGGUAAUAUUCUCAUCCACCACAGUAGGAACACCGCGCAGAAACAGUGGGCAGAGACGCAGGUACUAACCUUGAACGGAGUAGCCAGAGUUUUCAAUACGAAACGACAACUCUUGCAAAUGUUAGGAGAUUUUCCAAGAGCGUGGUCCCUUCUUCUGGAGUUCAUCGAGAAUUCCGCUCUUAGCAAGAAUAACGAGGUGUCUUUCGCAGCAUUGAAGUCUUUCCAAGAGAUCUUGUAUCUUCAAAGAGGCUGCGAUAAUGGCGAUGUGGUGAAUUCCGGAGAUUCGGAGGCACUUUGGACCGUUGCUUGGCGGGUUUGGCUGAACAUCGGUAUGGAGAGUACCGCUCCGCCACAAGAAAGCGAAACCGAGCCUUAUGUGCCGUCGCAAGCAUUCCUGAGUGCACUAGUUUAUAUAUUUCCAGCUGUCUUUCAACACAUACAGAAUAAAUUUACUGCCAGCGACCUCCAGAAAUUGUGCAUCGUAUUGAAGAAUGCUGUAGCAGUUCCGGUGCACGGUGAAUCGACACCUUAUAUCUUGUCUACCGUGUCGGAAGCAGUUCUUACUCAACUGCAAGAAGGAGUUCUUCAUUCGAUGGAACUUUUGCAAAAAGAAGCCUUGAACGGCUCGGAGAACCUGAGGACGAUGAUAUGUUCGAUCUUUCUGCAGCUAUUAAGUUUCUCCAAAUUGGCCUGUCAGGCGCCGAGUUACGGAAAGAUACCUACGAAAGACAUUUCUCAAGUCCGAGGCAUUUCUGCGGACUGGGUGACGAUGAACUACGUUCCUUUCGGAGAAAAGGCGCUUUCAAUGGUUGUAAGUUUGUAUCAGAAAACUGCUCAUGAAAUGGCCGUGAUCGAGGGCGAAAUCUUGAAGUACAUUGUGGAGGCCCUUCACGUUCCUUUGGCCAUGAAAUAUGCCUGUCCUUCUUCGGGUACGUGGAAAUUAGCCGUAACGAGUUUGUUAGCCAUUCUCCAUACCGGCCUUCCCUUGGCAAGGAAAUAUCCUGAGCAUUUUCAAAAUAUGUGGCUGGAAUUGGCCGAUACCCUGGAUGACUUCUUAUUUCCCAAGAGCUUGGUAACGGUAGAAAGAGGCCUCGAAGAAAUUCAAUCCGACGAAGCUGUCGACUGCCAGGUGAUGGAACUACUGAGAGACGAAGUUCUCCCGCACUCCCAACACAUACCUCAUCAAUUUAUCUUAAGAGUAGUCAUGCUUCUCAACAAGGGCUCCAUUCAUUCGGCAACCACAAAUAAUAUUGAAAAGCACGGGGAAACCAAACUAAGAGAAGAAUUUGCGAAGACGUGCUUUGAAACGCUCCUACAGUUUUCUUUGUUGGAUGGACUAAACGGUGACGCGGAAUCAAAUGCUGAGAAAAUUUCCGAAUUUGACGAAGGAGGUGUCGCCGGUCGUCUUGCAGUUACUGCCCUUUUGCAUAGGUUUCAGGAAGUCUUGCGACGUUACAUAGAAGACGAACGGCGGAGUGGAAAGUGUCCAUUGCCUAGGUACAGGUUGUCGGAGAUAUCGUUUGUGCUGAAAGCUGUAGCGACAUUGGUAGUCUCUCUAAAGAAGGCUCCUUCGAACAAGGGUGAUUAUUCUACGCUCACGUUGUCGAGAUGUACCACGUCACAACUUUUCUUUACACCGAUCCAAAUAUUAAGUACAAAACACACAUAUGUACACCUUUGGAUUUAUUUUCUAGUCGAACGAUCGGUAUGGGAGCAGCUAAUAGGAUUGUAUCCUUGCCUGGUCGAAUGCACGGUAGCAACAGCUUCCACGCAAGUGUCCCGUUCUCUCAGAGAAGCUUUGCUGCAAUUUCACGAUUUGUUGCGUCCGCCGUCAAACAAUUCACCGACGUCCAAUGGUGUUUGACCAAUGCAUUCCCUUAUCCUGAAGAGAAAUUCUAAUACGCGCUAUGCCACGAAAUAAUGGAAUGAUUUUCGUGUUCCUGGAAAUUGGACGCAUCUCUUAAGGCUAUUUUUUAAUGGGUUUUGGGAUUUUGCAUGAAUCGUGGAUGACGUUGCAAUAACGGAAACACGAAGGGGCAACGACGUCAUCGUAGCGAGCACGAAAUAGAACCAAAGGUUCACGUAGUCGAGGAAUUAUCGAGUAGUUCUACGCGUAAGGAGUAAUCGCUGUAAAUACUUACAGUUAACGUGCGAGUAUCGCGAGUAACGGGAGACGGAAGGUCGGGUGGCUUUUUUUAAUCAGUAUUGUACAUACUAAGCUACUUUAGCCUCCAAGCGGAUCUAAUUGUAAUUGUGUAAUUAGACGGUUUUAUAAAUUUUAAACUAUUGCCACACUGUACUCGUGAGAUUUCGUAAGAACUGCGAACGCGUACUGUAGCGAUGUAAAUAAAGUAAUCAAUUAUUCGA